AUGGCGAUCAAGUUUCUGGAAGUCAUCAAACCCUUCUGUGUCAUCUUGCCGGAAAUUCAGAAGCCCGAAAGAAAGAUUCAGUUUAAGGAGAAAGUGCUAUGGACCGCUAUUACCCUCUUUAUUUUCUUGGUGUGCUGCCAGAUCCCCCUGUUUGGCAUCAUGUCUUCAGAUUCUGCCGACCCUUUCUAUUGGAUAAGAGUGAUCCUAGCCUCUAAUAGAGGCACAUUGAUGGAGCUGGGUAUCUCUCCCAUUGUCACCUCUGGCCUCAUCAUGCAGCUCUUGGCUGGCGCCAAAAUAAUUGAAGUUGGUGACACCCCAAAAGACCGAGCCCUCUUUAACGGAGCCCAAAAGUUAUUUGGCAUGAUCAUUACCAUUGGCCAGUCCAUUGUGUAUGUGAUGACGGGAAUGUAUGGGGACCCUUCUGAAAUGGGUGCUGGAAUCUGCCUGUUAAUCACCAUUCAGCUCUUUGUUGCUGGCUUAAUUGUCCUGCUUUUGGAUGAACUUCUGCAAAAAGGGUAUGGCCUGGGCUCUGGAAUCUCCCUCUUUAUUGCCACUAACAUCUGUGAGACCAUCGUGUGGAAAGCGUUCAGCCCCACCACUGUCAACACUGGCCGAGGGAUGGAAUUUGAAGGUGCCAUCAUCGCACUGUUUCAUCUGCUGGCCACACGCACUGACAAGGUCCGAGCCCUUCGAGAGGCCUUCUACCGCCAGAACCUCCCCAAUCUCAUGAAUCUGAUUGCCACCAUCUUUGUCUUUGCAGUGGUCAUCUAUUUCCAGGGCUUCCGAGUGGACCUGCCCAUCAAGUCGGCACGUUACCGCGGCCAGUACAACACCUACCCUAUCAAGCUUUUCUACACCUCCAACAUCCCCAUCAUCCUGCAGUCCGCCCUGGUGUCCAACCUGUACGUCAUCUCCCAGAUGUUGUCAGCCCGCUUCAGUGGCAACCUGCUGGUCAGCCUGCUGGGCACCUGGUCUGAUACAUCUUCUGGGGGCCCAGCACGAGCUUAUCCAGUCGGUGGUCUUUGCUAUUACCUGUCCCCUCCAGAAUCUUUUGGCUCCGUGUUAGAAGACCCUGUCCAUGCCGUUGUAUACAUAGUGUUCAUGCUGGGCUCGUGUGCUUUCUUCUCCAAAACAUGGAUCGAGGUCUCGGGCUCCUCUGCCAAAGAUGUUGCAAAGCAGCUGAAGGAGCAGCAGAUGGUGAUGAGAGGCCACCGAGAGACUUCCAUGGUCCAUGAACUCAAUCGGUACAUCCCCACUGCUGCUGCCUUCGGGGGGCUGUGUAUUGGGGCCCUCUCCGUCCUGGCUGACUUCCUGGGUGCCAUCGGAUCUGGAACUGGGAUCCUGCUCGCGGUCACAAUCAUCUACCAGUACUUUGAAAUCUUUGUAAAGGAGCAGAGCGAGGUUGGCAGCAUGGGGGCCCUUCUGUUCUGA